AGCAGCACGAGCGGCGGCUGCAGGCCGAAACGCUGAGAGCAAAUACAACACAGGCCGCUCUUAGCAAGCAGAGCCCAGCGAACCUCCACCCACCGCCCGGACCGGGCCAUGGCGGCGGAACCGUGCUCGCAAAUUGAAGCCGAACUUUACUACCUGAUCGCCAGAUUCCUGCAGUCUGGACCAUGUCAGAAAUCCGCUCAGAUGCUGCUGCAGGAGCUGCACGAAUAUGAGAUCAUCCCGAAGCGCUGGAGUUGGGACGGAGAGCAGUUUAAGCGCAGCUUCGACGACUGGGUGUUGUUAAAUCAGCACAUACCUGCGGAUUACUUGUUGCGUGUGUGUAAGCAAGUCGGCCCACUGAUAGAUAAACACAUUCCUCCCAGUGUUCCUGGAGUCCACAGUUUACUGGGCACCGGACGGCAGUCAUUACUACGGACAGCAAAGAGUUCCUCUCAUACAGUAUGGAGUGGUUCUGCAGUAGCUGCCCUGCACAGGGGACGACCCCCAGAACCACCGAUCAGCUGUGCCAAAUCACCAAAUAUAGUGUCAAUCAUGGGUGCUCGCCAAAAAACAGGAGUGGCUCGAUUUGGCCAUGCCUUCCCCUCCUGCGCCUAUCAGCACAUGAAGAUGCAUCGAAGGAUUCUGGGGCAUCUCUCAUCAGUAUACUGUGUGGCAUUUGACCGCACUGGACGACGCAUUUUCACGGGUUCGGAUGACUGUCUAGUAAAGAUCUGGGCGACGGAUAAUGGUCGUCUGCUAGCCACGCUGCGCGGACAUGCAGCAGAGAUUUCAGACAUGACUGUGAAUUUUGAAACACUCCUUGCUUCUGCCAGUUGUGACAAGAUUGUCCGCGUGUGGUGCCUGCGUACAUGUGCACCUGUGGCUGUACAGGGACACACUGCUUCAAUCACUUCCAUACAGUUUUCUCCAUCAGCAUUGGGUUCCUCUCGGUUUCUGGCCACCACUGGAGCUGAUGGCAUGGUGUGUUGGCAGUGGCACUCAUUCAGCAUGAAGUUCUUAGAUAGGCCUGUGAAGUUUAUGGAACGCUCUCGUCCUGGAGUUCAGAUAUCCUGCAGCUCCUUCAGCUCUGGGGGAUUGUUUCUGGCCACUGGAGGAACAGAUCACAUGAUCAGGGUUUACUACCUCGGCACAGAAAUGCCUGUGAAGUUUUCUGAUCUGGACUCCCACACGGACAAAGUUGUAGCUAUUCAGUUCUGCAAUAACACUGACAGUCUCAGGUUUGUGAGUGGUAGUCGGGAUGGUACGGCGCGGAUAUGGCACUAUCAACAGCAGGAAUGGAAGAGCACUGUACUGGACAUGACCACCAGAUUACCAGGGAGUGCUGUGAUAUCAGGCGAUGAUAAAUCCACUAAGUUGGUGGUGACCAUGGUCGCGUGGGAUCGUUGCGACCGUUCCAUCAUCACCGCCGUUUCAAACUGCCUCCUCAAAGUCUGGAACUCAACAAAUGGCCAAUUACUACAUGUGCUGUCGGGUCACGAUGAUGAGGUGUUUGUCUUGGAAGCACACCCCUUUGAUUCAAGGAUUUUGCUAUCAGCUGGUCAUGAUGGUAACAUCUACGUGUGGGACCUUAGCAAAGGCCAGAAGAUUAAAAACUUUUUCAAUAUGAUCGAGGGUCAGGGUCAUGGUGCUGUGUUUGAUUGUAAGUUUUCAGUGGAUGGGCAGCACUUCGCCUGCACAGACUCGCAUGGUCAUCUUCUCAUCUUCGGCUUUGGGUGCAGUCAGCCUUAUGAAAUGAUUCCAGACCAAAUGUUCUUCCACACGGAUUUCCGGCCGUUGAUCCGGGACUCCAAUAACUUUGUUCUAGAUGAGCAGACGCAGCAGGCACCGCAUCUUAUGCCUCCGCCUUUCCUGGUGGACGUGGAUGGAAACCCCCACCCUCCUCGAUGCCAGCGCCUGGUGCCAGGCAGAGAAAACUGCAAAGAGGAGCAGCUCGUGCCCCAGCUGGGAUACAUGGCUAAUGGUGAUGGUGAAGUGGUUGAGCAGGUGAUUGGCCAGCAAACAGCAGAUGAGUCUCAGGAAGAAAGCCCAUUGGACGACCUGAUUCGGCAGCUCCAGCACCAGCAGGAUGAGCAAGUCAACCAGGGAAAUCCUGCAGGUGCUGAGGUGGCAGGUGGUCCUCUGUCACCCCCUAAUGUCGGCCUGAGGCGUAGUGGACAAGUGGAGGGUGUACGGCAGAUGCACAACAAUGCCCCUCGCAGUCAGAUGGCCACUGAGAGAGACCUGCUGGCCUGGAGUCGCAGAGUGGUAGUUAAUGAAGUACAGGCUGGCAUUUUCAGGGUGAUGGAAGACUGUAGGCUUGCUAAAGGAGAGGUGGAACGCUCUUACUAUAUCAUUGAGAAGAAGAGAAAAUCUGUGCCCUCAGCAGGAAGUCAGCCAGGUGACAACGUUCGCACGUUACGGAGACCACAGCGCAAGGCUCAGCAAAAAAAACAUGCAUAUCAGACCCGCUCGACUCGAACCAGGAGGCGCAGUGGAAGUGUUCAGUCCUUUAACCGUAGUGAAGAAACCGAGGUCGAAUCUGAAAGUGAAGCAGAGCAGGAGGAAGACCAGAAUGAGAACAGUGAUGGGACGUCUGAGGGGGAAACUCAGUGGGAGAAUGACAGCAGCUCCAGCGACUCUUCUAGUGAGUAUUCUGAUUGGACGGCAGACGCAGGAAUCAACCUCCAGCCACCAAAGCGAACAACCAGAAGGCAGGCCCGUGUGGCUGUUAGCAGUAGCUCUGAGGAUGAGGAGGGAACAGGACAGGGUGAAGGGGAAGCUGAGCAGACCACUAAACAAGCUGAAAAGAAGAAGAAACCUAAACAGACUAAACAGAGGUCUGUGCCUGCUGGAGAAUUAGAAGAAUGGUUGCCCCCUUCUUGGAUCAUGGAAACGAUCCCAAGACGAUCACCUUUCGUACCUCAAAUGGGAGAUGAGUUAAUAUAUUUCCGUCAGGGUCAUCAAGCUUAUGUCCGAGCCGUCAGUCGUGCCAAAGCCUAUAGCAUUAAUCCUCAAAAACAGCCCUGGAACCGCCUGGAUCUCAGGGAUCAGGAGUCUGUAAAAGUAGUAGGUAUUAAAUAUGAAGUCGGGCCACCCACUCUGUGCUGCCUCAAACUGGCCAUCCUGGAUCUCACCUCAGGGAAAAUGACCAACGAAUCCUUCAGCUUGAAGUAUCAUGACAUGCCUGAUGUCAUUGAAUUCUGGUGGCUACAACAGUUUUAUAUUGAGGCCAAAGAACGCAACUGGCAGCCUGGGUGACGUUUCAGGAGCAUAAUUGAUGAUGCGUGGUUUGGUUCACUGGAGUGUCAGGAGCCAUUUGAAUCUGAAUAUCCAGACAGCCUCUUUCAGUGCUACAUUGUCAGGUGGGAUAAUGGAGAAAGAGAGAAGAUGAGUCCAUGGGAUAUAGAGCCCAUUACUGAAGAAGCUCCACUGCCAGAGGAAGACGGGAACAGCGUUCCAGUCACAGAGGACGAGCUCCAGGCACUGCUUUACAGCCCGCAGGAGGGAGAGUGGGGUCUGCACACACGAGAUGAAGAGUGUGAGAGAGUCAUCACCGCCAUAGAUCAGCUGCUAACACUCGAUGUGGCAAAGGCUUUCUCCAAUCCGGUAAAUUUGAGGGAAUAUCCGCUGUACUGCACUGUUGUGGCCUAUCUCACUGACCUCAGCACCAUCAGAACAAGAUUAGUGCACCGUUUCUACAGGAGGAUCUCUGCACUCAUGUGGGAGGUGCGUUACAUUGAACACAAUGCUCGAACAUUUAAUGAACCGCAGAGCCCCAUCGUCACGGCAGCUAAAGCAGUCAGCGAUGUCCUGCUGCGGUUUAUCAGGGAUCAGAACUGUACUGAUAUCCUGGAUCUUUACAAUAAGAUGAAGUCUGAAUUCAGCAGUGAAGAAGACGAAGAGGAGACGGUGGAUGUGGACUCGGACACUCCUGGCACCUCCACUGGUCAGAGGAGGUCAAAUAGCACACCUCAGAAGCGUGGAGUUGUCCUGGAUAUAAACGCCUGGCACAAACAAUGCAAAGAUCUUGUGAGGAGAAUGAUUGUGAGCUCAGAUUCAGAGCCUUUCCGCCAGCCGGUCGACCUCUUCACGUACCCGGAUUAUCGGGAUAUUAUUGACACUCCUAUGGAUUUGGGCACAGUUUCUGAGACCCUGACAGGUGGAAAUUAUGAAAAUCCUAUUGAGUUUGCCAAAGACGUGCGGCUUAUCUUCAGUAAUUCAAAGGCUUACACACCCAACAAGAAGUCUCGGAUCUACAGUAUGACUCUGAGCCUGUCAGCGUUCUUUGAGAAUCAGAUCAUUCCCAUCAUCUCAGACUACAAAUCUGCAGUUCAGAAUCAGCGGAGGAGUCAACAGAGGCUCAUGUGCAGCAAGAGAUUACAGAGUUCCUCUCCCAACAGCCCCAAAGGAAAACAGAAGUCAGGAAAGAAAACCUUGCUGGUGUCUGCAAAAACCCGCACACGGAAAUCCUCUCAAGAUUCGAAUGUUGCACAAGUUGAUGAAGACAGUCAGCCUUCGUCUUCCUCCUCAUCUUCUUCCUCUUCCUCAUCCUCCUCUUCCUUUUCAUCCGAGCAGGCAGGAGCCAACAGAGUUACCCGCAGCCAAGUUACAUCAAGUAAAUCCUCAGGUGUCUUUCUACCAAACGGAGGUCGAAGUUCCCGUAGGAGACGAGCUGUGUUAACAGAAGAGGGAGAGGUUUCCGAAUGUGAGAGCACCAGCUCAUCUUCAUCUUCAACAUCUGCAUCUUCAUCCUCAUCUGCAACCUCCUCCUCUUCAUCCGAGAGCGACGACAGCAGUGCCGAGGUAAGCGGCUUCGCAGAUGGCGGCGAUCACGACUACAGCAAAGCUCCGCAACAUAAACAGAAAGGCAAAGCUCAAGCGCCACCACCACCACCUCCACCUCCACCGCCAGCUCCCACGAUUGACAACACAAAGAGAAAGAGGAAAGGAGAAGAAGAGCAGUCUGCAGAACCUGAGAAACGACCACGGCGGACAAGCAACAGAGAGGAGGAGGAGGAGGAGGAAGAGGAGGAGGAUAACGAGCCUGAAGAAGAGGAAGAACCAGAUGAAGAAGAAGAACCAGAGGAGGAAGAGGAGGAGUCAGAUGAUGAAAAUGUCAUUUCACCAUCAAAAAGGUCAAAUCAAAGGACUCCAAAGUCGGGACGGGUCAAUACUCGUAACCAAGGGCGUAGGACUGUUCUGUACAACGACGACUCUGAAGAGGAGGGUCCCACGUCGGACCCGCUGAAUCUGGGAAUGUCCCGUUCCGGAAGAGUCCGUCGCAUGACUGAACGUGCAAGGGUCAGCCAUCUAAUGGGCUGGACACAUUGAUGAUCCUUACACAGACUCACUACUGCAGGGAUUUUGUUUUUAGUACUGUCUUUGUUUGUUUUACAUCCCCAGACUUGACGUUCAUGACUCUUCCUGGACUGUGGUGCUUUCUCUUCUCUGUGGUUUGCUAGAAUCUACCACACCAUCGUCUAAUCAGCCACCUCUGCCUUAUUCUGGUCCAGAGCGGCAAAGAGUCAGUCGUUCUUCCCAUCUUCUGUCUUUCAGUUUCUCUCACUCCGAGGAGUCUAUCCUGUCAGAAAGAUGGUGCUGCUGUUCUCCCACUUCCAUCUUGCAUUCUUUUCAUAACCUUUUUUUAAACUAACGAUCAUCGAAAACACUUAAGUUUACCGUGUAAUUCAGCUGACUUGACUUCACUGUUAAAUCAGGUUAUGCAUUUACCUCUGUUCAAUAAUGAGAUCAAUCUGAGACGCAUUAAGUACUUCCAGAUCACUCGCGCUGCACCUCCUCCAUCUGAGCUCAGACGUGAGAGGAGGAUCUUGGGAAAUGUAGGAGAAAACGCACUUCUCCUCGCUCGAAUACACUUCAGAUACACUUUUUUUACAGAAUAUAUUUAUAUUUUUCCACUCUUGUAUGGUACACUCGGAUUCAUUCUUGGCUUUCAGUAAGGAGGACGUUCGUGUUGAUGAUGUUUGCACAUUUUAUGUCGAGUUUAUGUGGCAGCUGAUUGGUGGACAUGAGGUGACGUCUAAAUCCUCUAUUCUGACUGGUUCAGAUUUCAUGUAUAUUGAAACUGGUGCUUUCUGAAGAGUAACAGGCUGUUUUUUUUUACUGGUUUGGUGUUAAUUUCCCUCUGUGCCAUUUAUCAUGAAAACCGAAAAGACUGUUCUGGUUUGAACAGGAAACGCUCUCUGAAAGUCACCUAAUGUGUGUUCAGGAUGGUGAAUACAAAGCAUUAUAAACUGAAGAGAUCAAAUUGAAUCUGAGUUUGUGGUGUCAAACGGUGUGUCCAGGACACCUUUUUAACGCACUGGUACAUCUCUCUUGCUCUGUUUUGCUCUUAGUUUAUCCAGUGUCUUACUUUUGGUUUUCUCUUAGUUGCACUGCUGUGAGAAGCACCUUCUUCAUCCAGUCUCUAAACUGAUUUUCCUCCCAGUUUGAGAGCUCAGCCUGUCUGGAUACAGCAUUAGAAUCUUCAGGCUCUGUGUCACUUUGACAUAAUCUAACCAGACUGAGUUCAUUCAUUUCCUUUCCAUUUUCACAGCUUUUUUAUCAGGGUUGUUCAUGGUGUGACAGACGAGGCCUGGAUCUGUCAGUGACUAUGAUGGGGAAGAUGGUCAUGAUGAUGUUAGAUGUCAUAAGCUUGUGUGUUCAUUUUUUUUAUUUGUACACAUUUUGGAUUGUUUUUAUAAUAAAAGAUGUAAAACUGA